AUGCUACCGUCUCGCGUGCCGUCUUCUCUGCGCCGCUACGCCUCCACGUCUACGCGCAACACUUUCAUAGAUCGCUUGCGGAGCGAGUUAGCUGAAAUCGAAGCCGCUGGCACAUACAAGCGCGAACGCAUCAUCGCGUCCCCACAAGGUGCCGAGAUUUCGGUAAAUGGCGAUACUGUGCUUAACUUCUGCGCCAAUAAUUAUCUUGGUCUAAGUAAUCAUCCAGCAAUUGAGAAAGCCGCGAUUGACGCAAUCAAAGAGCGUGGAUUUGGUCUUAGCUCUGUGCGCUUUAUCUGCGGUACGCAGGAUAUUCACAAGCAGCUUGAAGACGCAAUUUCGGCCUUUCACGGUACAGAGGAUACUAUUCUGUACCCGUCAUGCUUUGAUGCCAAUGCCGGUCUAUUUGAGGCCGUACUCAGUAAGGAGGAUGCUAUUCUUACAGAUGAACUAAAUCAUGCCAGUAUCAUUGACGGUAUCCGAUUGUGCAAGGCUGAGCGUCAUCGCUUUAAGCACAUGGAUAUGGAGGAUUUGGAGCAGAAGCUUAAAGACACACAGCAUUGCCGCACGCGGCUCAUUGCAACCGAUGGUGUUUUUAGCAUGGACGGCGAUGUCGCACCACUGCAGAAGAUUGCAGAGUUGGCGGAAAAGUACAAUGCGCAACUAUUCAUUGACGAGUGCCAUGCCACGGGCUUUUUUGGUCCUACAGGACGUGGUAGUGACGAAUACUGUGGCAUUUUUGGCAAGGUGGAUGUGAUCAACUCGACCUUAGGAAAAGCUCUUGGUGGCAGCACGGGUGGUUAUACGACUGGCCGUAAGGAAGUUGUGGAUCUUUUGCGUCAACGCUCUCGUCCAUACCUUUUUUCGAACUCGCUGGGUCCGUCUGUCGUUGGUGCCUCACUUAAGGUCUUUAAAAUUCUUACCGAGUCAUCCGAACUGGUUAAUAAAAUUCGGACGAAUACGCACCACUUCCGCGAUCGUAUGGCUGCUGCGGGGUUUACGCUUAAAGGUUCCCGUGACCACCCGAUUGCACCUGUGAUGCUAGGGGAUGCCCGACUUGCAUCUGAACUGGCUGACGACAUGCUCAAGUGCGGCAUAUACGUCAUUGGAUUUAGCUAUCCGGUUGUACCCAAGGGUCAGGCGCGUAUUCGCGUACAGCUUUCAGCUGCUCACAGUAUCGAAGACGUCGACAAAGCGGUGGACGCCUUCAUCAAGUGUGCCAAAGCACGCGGUAUUAUCAAUCAAAAAUCUUUGCCAACGAACAGCUCGAAGCUAUAA